UACUAAAAUCCCUUUUACAUGUGUUAUGGCAUUUUCAUUUUAUCCGGCACAUUCAUGCAAGCCUAUGCUCGCUGAGGCAACAAAAAAUGAUCCGAAAAAAAGAUGGCUGCAGACUUAUGAGCAGCUUUGAUUUACAGAAAACUCAACAUGUAAAUAGAUGCCUUUUGUUUUUAAGGAACUGCUAAAAGCAAGAGGAAAGGUAGCACAGAAAUAAGGAUAGAAGCUGACAUACAUUUUUUUGCCACCAUGAGGGGUGUUUCCGACUGGUAACGUCGCACUGUGACGUAGGAUUGACCCAAAAACAAACUCUGGGGAACCGAUCAUACAUGUAGUCUAUUAGAAAAAAAAACAAACAAAAAAACACCCGAAGCCAAACAUCACAAAUAUAAAAUAAUUGAGAACUGAAAAGCAUCUGACAACUCCAACUUGAACAUCGCCUCUAUUGAUGACAUCAUCUUUCUGUGUCGGAAGUUGUGUUUUGAACUUUGAAUUUUUUUUGCAAACAGCAGUGAGGUUGACGGGUCUUGUUUUGGAUUGUGCUUUGGUCGUUUUCAUCGUCAUACAGACUCGCAACCGGAAACACCAACACUUCACCCUGAAGCCAGUAAAGUGUUCGCAAAGCUGUAGUAACAAUGUUGUAAGCUAGAUAUGUUCUGUUUAAGCUAAAAAUCAAAUGUAAAUGUCACGUUUGGCUAAUUCAGGACGAACGUUGUAAGGUCAGUAGCUCAGUGUUAGUUUAGAGUAAUGCUAGCAUAUAGUUGUUGAGUGAGGGGUCGUUUGAGGAAAAAAAAAAAAAAAAAUGUCUGAGGUCAGAGUUAAUCUACAUGAAGCAGAAUCAGGAAAACAAGUUCCGGAUGCACCGUGUCCUGGCCAGGUGAAACCUCCACGUACUGAAAGUCCCAGCAUGGACCUCCAGGGUCUGCUGCCUGCUCUUAGCUCACCAUCAGCAGAGGUUAGCCCCUCACCAUCUGCUGAAUCAAGUGACUUGUUGUCAUUACCAUGGGAGAUCUUAAUCCACAUUGCCUCACACCUUCCGGCACAUUGUGUGGUCAAUGUGCUGCCAAAGGUAUGUCACACAUUGAGAAGUGUUGGUGAAGACGCCACAGCUUGGCAGCUACGGGCACAGAGACUAAUUGGAUCAAAAGCGCGAUUUCCAGUUGGGCCGAGGGAGGACUUCAACUGGCCCACUGCUUGCCUGGAGAUGGAGCAGCUCAUUACCUGCUGGGCAGGUGAAGUGCAACAUGUGGCCAAACAGUCAGAGGAGAAUGAGAAAGAAGGUGAUCAAGUGAGGCUGCAGGAGAGAGGACAGGUUCCUGGGGGUCAUGAAAAUGUAGGAGGAAAUGAGGUAGAUAGGGUGGGGGUGGCAGCACAAGAGGUUGCUUAUGGUGCUGAUGAAGGCAUAGAGGUAGUAAUGGAAGCUGAGGAUGGUGAAAUGCAGCCAGACUUAGAUGGGGACCAGAUGGCAAGGUUGAGAGAGGAACUGGAAGGUAGUCUGGAGGUUGGUGUAGCUGCACUAAUUGAAGAUGCAAGGAUGUGGCUCAAUGCAUAUGUUGGGCGAGGUGGGGCUCAUCAUGACCAAAAUGACCCUGGCUACCCUAGACAUGUGAAUAACAGAGGACAAGCAGAAAUGAUCCAACAUAAAUCCUCCAGAAGUCCUAGCCCACCCCCAGCACUGGAGUGCAUUACCUUACCCUCAAGUCACAUUGCCUCGGUCAACUCUGUGCUCCUCCUCGGAGGAAAAGGAGCUGUCUGUGCCACAGCGUCCAGAGACUAUAAUGUGAAACUUUGGGACCUGGAGGCAAGCCCUGAUGGUAUGCUGCUCCACACGUUGGGAAGGAAGGGGGACUUCACCUCCCAUCGGGGCUGGGUCUGGUGCCUGGCAUCUGAGGGUUCUUUUCUGGCCUCAGGGGGCUUUGAUAGCACCGUGAGGCUGUGGGACUUACAGGCAGGCGGCACAGAUAGGGGCCUGAUCAAGGCCGGGGCCUCUGUCCUCUGCUUGUCCUGUCAGACGGAUGUCUUACUGGCUGGGACUUUUGACAAGAGGAUCAAUAUGUAUGACACCAGAGCUGCCGAACCACUGAUUAAAAGUGUUCGCCUCCAUGGUAAUGCUGUAAUGUGCCUGGCUGCUGAUGACACAUACAUCAUAUCUGGGAGCACAGACUGCACUGUGGCAGUCUAUGAUCGCAGGGCACUUAAAGCAUUAAAGAAAAUUAAGCUGAGCUCCUUUUUAUCCUCCAUGAGCUACAGUGGCCACGAGGUUUGGGCUGGAGACAGCAAAGGUAUGCUGCACUCCUUUUCCAUGCAGACCGGUACCUUAAAGCCCCUCUCCCAGUUUGAUGUGGGACACACAGCUCUGGUCAGUGGUAUCCACCGGUCUCAAGGAAGCCUCUACUCCUGCUCCACUGAUAAAACUGUCAAGAUUCAUAUCCCUAGUGGACCACCAAGGACUUUGUGCACACUGCGUCAUCCAGCUGAAGUCCAUGGGCUGAAUGUGGAGGCUGGAAUCUUUGCUGUGGCCGCUGGUGAUGUUACCGUGGAUAUCUGGAGACCCAGAAAAUGAAAUCCCAUUGGAGGAUUUAAAAGAAGCAUCUACAGGUCCUUCU